CGGACUGUUCAGGCUUUUAAUAACUUGUUCCCGGGUUUGAGUACUGCGAGGAAACAUGAUCUGUGGUGGUCCAGAAGCCUCAGCUAACGUUAGCUAGAGAGGAUUGUGGCAAUAAAUAAGAAGCUAUGGAGCAGUACACCACUGCCACCACUACAACUGGGGAGCAGAUAGUCGUGCAGACUUCCAAUGGACAGAUCCAACAGCAGACACAGGGCACAGUGACGGCUGUGCAGCUGCAAACAGAGGCGCCAGUGGUGACGGCCUCAGGCCAGCAGGUGCAGACACUCCAGGUCCAGGGGCAACCUCUGAUGGUCCAGGUGAGCGGUGGGCAGCUCAUCACAUCAUCAGGGCAACCCAUCAUGGUGCAAGCCAUGUCGGGAGGUCAGGGUCAAACCAUAAUGCAAGUCCCAGUAUCUGGAGCUCAGGGACUACAGCAGAUCCAGCUGGUGCAGCCGGGUCAAAUCCAGUUGCAGGGUGGUCAGACCCUUCAGCUCCAGGGCCAGCAGGGUCAGCCCCAGCAGAUCAUCAUCCAGCAGCCCCAGACAGCCAUCACAGCUGGACAGAACCAGGGGCAGCAGAUCAGCGUGCAGGGUCAACAAGUGGCACAGACAGCUGACGGGCAGACCAUCGUCUACCAGCCCGUCAAUGCAGAUGGUACCGUCUUGCAACAGGGAAUGAUCACAAUUCCAGCUGCCAGCUUGGCAGGUGCCCAGAUUGUACAAGCAGGGGGUGCCAACACCAACACCACUAACAGCGGCCAAGGCACUGUGACCGUCACCCUGCCCGUCUCUGGCAACAUGGUCAAUGCAGGUGGAAUGGUCAUGGUAAGACCCUGUGCAGAGAUGGUGCCUGGAGGUGGUGGAGUUCCCACAAUGCAGCGUAUUCCCCUGCCAGGGGCUGAGAUGCUUGAAGAGGAGCCCCUGUAUGUCAAUGCCAAGCAGUACCAUCGCAUCCUGAAGCGAAGACAGGCCCGAGCCAAACUGGAGGCAGAGGGGAAGAUCCCCAAAGAAAGGAGGAAAUACUUGCAUGAGUCUCGCCACCGUCAUGCUAUGCAGCGUAAGCGAGGAGAUGGUGGCCGUUUCUUUUCACCCAAGGAAAAGGAGGAAAUGGCUUUGGCCCUGGCACAGCAACAGCAGGAAGCAGCCCAGGCAACAGCCGAUGAGACCGUGGCGCAGAUGAUUCGUGUCUCGUAGCACUGUCGCCAGCAUCGUCACUUCUCUCUGUGAACUCUACCCUGCCUGACACUCUUCAUCACAGCUUACCCAUCUGCCGCACCUUCUUCUCUCACUUGUACUCCCUCCUGUCCCACCGUCAUACACCAAACCACAGUGGCACCACUGGGUUUCUUCUAUUUUCUCUUCAUCUCUUAUGCUGGUCUUCCAGGGACCGGGCCAUGUGGCUACUGAGCCUGUGGACUGUUCUGGUCCUCUUGUCUGAAAUGGAGAAUGGUUUCAUACUCAGCUUUUCUGGUCAAGCACUUAAGACCAGCUUAUUAUUUUCACAGUGGUGUUCGUUUUUCUUUUUUGGACAAUAAUGAUAUGAAACAGGAACCAGGGCCACUCACACAGAGGAAAUUAUAGCUGCAAAGUCAUACUCUGUCAGACCCUGGUCCUUUUUAAAAAGCUGAGAAAUUUGUCACCAGUGGAUACCUGUUGCUUUAAAUAUUUUUUGUAAAUGGUACAGCCUUUUUUUCAGAGACACUCAUUAAGCAUUGAUGCUACACUUGUGUCAUAUCUUUUUUGUGAAGUCCUGUAUUUUGACCUUUCAUAUUUUUUGAACCCAUGCUCUGAGGAAUGGACUCAGCAUCUCAAGUCCAAUCGGAGCAAAAACUGAAAUGUGAUACUGAUGUGAAAAUAUUGUACAGAAAUUCUUUUCUUCCCCAGUAUGUAUUAGAUGUACUUACUAAUUUGUGGAUGCAUUUUAUACAGUUUUAUGUUUAAGACUUAGUGUUUGUAGGAAACAGUGGCUCUAUUCACGUAGUUACUUCAUUGGCAGUCCACCUAAGUGUUUGGUUUGUUUCAUUGUAGAUAAUAGCUUUUUUUACCCAUCAGAUGCAGUUUUGCAAUGCUAUUUUUUUUUUAUUAUUAUAAUGAAAUAAGGUUGGACAUUGAAUUCAUGAAACCUAUGUCAAUUAAACUGUAAUAAGUGACUCAAAGUUA